AUGUCCCUUAAAACAGCAAAAGAAAUCUGGGAUUAUCUCAAGUCCGAAUAUGAAGGAGAUGAGAGGAUUCGUGGAAUGAAAGUCCUGAAUUUGAUCAGGGAUUUCGAGUUGCAGAAGAUGAAGGAGUCAGAGUCGGUAAAAGAGUACUCUAACAGACUUCUCAGCAUCGCCAAUAAGGUGAGAUUGCUUGGUUCUGUAUUAAAUGAUUCCAGGAUCGUUGAAAAGCUGCUGGUCACUCUUCCAGAGAAGUUUGAAGCCACCAUUACUACUCUGGAGAACACUAAAGACUUGUCAAAGAUUUCUCUUACAGAGCUCUUGAAUGCUUUACAAGCGCAAGAGCAAAGGAGGUCUAUGAGACAAGAAGGGGUGAUUGAAGGUGCCUUACUUGUUAAGCAUCAAGACAGCCGCAGGUAUAAAAGCAACAAAAAUUUCAAAAAUCAAUUGACGUAUGGAGAUUCAUUUGCCAAUUAUCAAAAGACAAAAGGAGGAGGUUUCAAAAAAUCCUAUCCACCUUGCCGCCAUUGUGAGAAGAAAGGUCAUCCACCAUACAAGUUUUGGAGAAAACCUGACGCCUUCUACUCCAAAUGCAAUCAACUUGGACAUGAAGCUGUGAUCUGCAAAGCCAAAGAUUUGGUGAAAGAAGUAGAUGCACAGUUACUUAAUAAAGGUUAUAAAGUGUUGUUUGAGAAUAAGCGGUGCUUGAUCAAAGAUGCUAGUGGCAAAGACUUGUUCAACGUCAAAAUGAAAGGAAAAAGCUUUGCUCUAAAUCCGACGGCCUUUAUAUCCAGAGCUGGUGCCACUGGGACUUGGCACAAAAGACUUGGGCACUUUCAUCAUCGAGGUUUGUUUCAGAUACAGUCAAAGAAGCUGGUAGAAGAACUCACUGACAUUGAUGAUGACAUGUCUCCUUACCGUGCUUGUAAUUUUGGGAAGCAACAUAGGCAACCCCUUCCUAAACAGGCAUGGAGAGGCUCGAAAAAGCUGCAACUGGUUCAUGCUGAUCUUUGUGGUCCUCAGCGAACACCAUCAUUAAAUGAUAAUCUUUAUUACAUUGCUUUUAUUAAUGAACUAACAAGAAAGUGUUGGAUAUUCUUGCUGAAGCAAAAGUCAGAAGUUGCGGGUGUAUUUUGGAAAUUCAAAGCCAAAGUUGAGAAGGAAAGUGCAUGCUUGAUUCAGACUAUAAGAUCAGAUAAUAGCAAGGAGUACACUUUAGAAACUUUUAACAGGUUUUGUGAAGAGACUGGAAUUGAACAUCAAUUGACAGCAUCAUACACUCCUCAACAGAAUGACGUCAGUGAAAGGAGGAAUAGAUUCAUUAUGGAGAUGACGAGAUGCAUGCUUCAUGAGAAGGAUCUUCCAAAGCGUUUUUGGGGAAAAGCAACAAACACUAUUAUGUGCUUGCAAAAUCGAAUUUCAACAAAAGUUGUGAAGGACCCGACACCAUUUGAAGUUUGGUAUGGUUACAAACCUUCUUCAAAGUUCGUUAGAGUAUUUGGGUGUCUUUGCUUCAUUUACAUUCCACAGGUCAAGCGUGAUAAGCUUGACAAAAAGUCAGAAGUUGGCAUCUUUGUUGGCAUGUUAGAAGAGUCUAAAGAUGAACGACAAGAUGCUUUGGUUGAUGAUGCACCUGUCCGAGGAGGAGCUUUCAGUGAUCGAGAAAAACAAAAUCUGGGAACGAGUUUAGGGACUUCAUAA